GGCCAAACCACAUGCCACACAAAGGCUCAAAAGCCGAAAACCUGCCCUAACUUAGCGUCCUCGCUCAAUUGAGUUGAAGUGAGGUUCAGAUUGUUUAUUUUCCUAGUCGACAAGAGGUACAGAGAAGAAGAAAAAAAUCCGGCAUCUUCAGAAGUUCAGUUGACAGAGCCAGAGAGACUCAGAGAGGAGUCAUUUUCAAUUCUCAGUUCUCACUCGGAUCAGACCUAUUUAGGCAGAGCUCAUCCAUUUAUCACUUCAGGAAGAUCAGACUUCAUCAGCUCAACAUGGCAACAUUAAAUCCAGCAAGAACGCUUAACAAUUCAGGAGGAAGAUGCCUCAUGGAGAAUUGGGUGGAAGAGAGACAAGUUUACGAAACUGGGCUGGACAGUGCAGGAUUGAAUUCUGAAGAAAGUUACACCUCCAGCAGCUCUCUCCCGUACAAAGAUGGUCACAAAGGAAUCCUAACAAGAGAACUGGACACUCCCGUGGAGAAAGAAUCAAACAGCAUGGGCUCGUAUACGAAACCUGCGUGUUGUGGAGUUCGAACAGUUGGCCGUAAGAAGGAGUUGAUGGAGAGAGCGUUGUAUGCUAAAGUAAGCCAAGAGAUACAAGAUGAGGUCAAUGAGCCCCCUCCUAUCGCAGAGUACAAGUCGGUUACUCAGAAGGAUUUCUUUGAUGAUGACUUCAAGUCGGAGUUACCAGCUCCUCUUUACGAGCAUAAUGUCAACACUGAGCAGCCAAUCACGUUCUGGAGCCAGCAUAAAGAAAAGAUUCCAGGUGUAUCACAAGUCAAGACAUUAGACACACCAUUCAAGAAGAACUCAUCCUUCAGCAAGCCCAUCGCUGAGAGUUUUGAUCAGCCUCAGCCGUAUGAACAAGAGAAGCAUCCCUUCUUAUAAACCAGGAGAAUGACGGCAUGCUUUUCAUCACCAAACAUCAACUUAUUCUACCCUGUUGACCAAUUUAGUGGAGAAAGCGAACAUGAAGAUGCACCUGUGGACAGUAUGUAACUGCAUGUACAUGUACUUUGGUCUUACAUGUUAGUCUCAGAGCAGUAAGAUUACGAUAAAAAGGAAACUGUCUUUGCUUCUACAAGUAUUUUACUGGCGUAGGAACAUUCCACUACAUUGAGCAUUGUCCAGAGAGAACUUGCAGAUAUACUUACAAUAUAUGUAGUUAAUAUCUUUACUACUGAUUUCUGCUUUUUACAGGGACCACUUAUGUACAGUAGGCAACAAGUUAACUUAAUACCUCUAGGUCCUAUUUGCUCUCAUAGCAUCCAAAGCUUGUUAGUACGUAGUAAAUGGACAGAGUUAAAACUGAGAAGAGUCGUGUUGGUAACCUCUCAUUUACCGGUAGAUCGGACUUCUUGAACUAUAUUUUACUUGGAGAUUCAUUCACUAUUCUAAUUCAUUUCCACAUUACAAGAACGUGUAUCCCCAAACAAAUAUUUUUGAUAUGAAGAUAUAGAAAUAAAAAUGUGUUUUAUCAGGUGAAUUUGAGAUAUUAUGUAAAAUUUUGUUUGAUGAGAUGUCCGAUGGAAGGAAAAUAUCAAUUUUUUUCUUCUUUUUUAUAUUAAACCAAUCUUUAAACAUGGAAUGGUCUGAAAACUUUAAGAAUAUUAUCUUUGUAGCUUUCAAAUGCAAUAUUGAUAGUUAAAGUUAUAAGAUACAUGUAAGUGCUGAAAAGGCCAUUUUAGAAGAAACAUAAAACCAUUACCAAGCCUAGAGAGGGCGCUUGAUAUGAAAACAUUCCAAAUUUGAAUUUUUUAUGCUUAAAAAUCCUCUUGGCAACAUAGUGAUUCUAGAGUGAUGUCGUGACGUGCAUCAUCAUCUCAUGUCAUGAGUGAUGUUGAAAUGAUGUUACGGGUUGUGGCACAACUACAUAUAUGGAGAGAUUGUUUUGCAAUUACUUGCUUCGUUUGCCCCUAACUUUGGAAAUAGAAUGAGGUUUAUUUUCAAUUGGUCCAGUGCCAAUUUGUCCAAUUGCCAACUCGUCUAUUAUCAUUUGAUCUACCAUUAGUUCUUCCAAUAUCCACACUGUCUAAUUGCCAUUUCGUCCACUCACCAUUUCGUCUAAUAACCAGUUGGUCCAAUAGCCAUUUGGGCCAUAUACCAUUUGGUUUAAUUAGACUAAGUUUUAAUUGUGAAAAAUGAAUGAAAAUAAUGAGUAUGAGACUAACUGGUUAUGGAACAAAAUAGUCAUAGACCAACUGGUGAUUAGACGAAGUGAUGAGUGGACCAAAUGGUAAUUAGACCAAAUGUUUGUUAGAUGAAAUGUUGAUGGAUGGAACGGCAUUAUAAAUGAAGGUAGACCAUGCGGUGAGUGGACGAGUUGGCAACAGCCAAACUGGCAAUUAACCUAGAAUGAUUGUCUGCCAUUUCUUGUUCUUUGUGUCCCAAAACAAGGUUGCUUAAUUGCUUCUGCUAGUUUUGUACAUUCCUCUUUGAUGCCUCAUUUCACAUGGACUCUGUGCACAGAAAUCAGGCUGAACUUUGUCACAAAAUUUGUGAACAAGUCUUUAGUUUCCGAGGAGACCAUUUGAUAUUUAGAAAAAAAAUGUUGAUCUGUUUUGUAUUUCUUUCUUGUUCAUUCUCUUCAUCAAGCCUGUAGCAUGUAUUUGCAUGACACAUUUGUUUUGUAAGUGAGCUUGAUACAAAAAAUGCAUAAAGAAUGAAUUGGCGAAGAAAUCCUUUUUGUUUAGGUAUGUUAUAUUUAUGUUAAAUAUGAAUGGGUUAAAAUGUUCAAGAGGCCCAGGUAUUUAAUGAUUUUGCCAGGUUGUUAGGUGACCACAGUUGAUGAGGUCAUAAUCACAUGACAAAUAUCCAUGUCAUUAUUUCAGAAAAUAACCUUGUUUUGUUGAAACAUUAGAAACAUUUGUAUUAAGCGCUUUAUAAAUGUUGCAUACCAUUAUUAUUUGUUUAGUUACAUUGUAGUAAAAAUACCCAAUUCAACAUGCGCCUUUGAGAUAGUAUAAAGCCCUACCAAAUGCAUCUGCCAUGUUGGGUGUGUUCAAUAUAGUUUCCAUGGUAUUUUAUUUCGGUAAUUUUUGCUUACGGCAAUCACCCAAAAUUUUGUCCUGAAGUGAAAUUGAAAA